AUGACCAAGUGGUCCCAGCAGCUAUACAAUGAACCCAUUGUCUCUGUCAAGCACAAGAAUCACAACAGCACCAUUACCCAAUCCUCGAUCGAGUUGCAGCAAUGCGUGGAUCGCCAAGUUGAGCUUCUCUAUGAUAGAGCCAUGGCGCUGUCAGCGUGUGCGCAGUUCCACAAGGCAUUACAAGACGCGACUGCCAUACAAGCAUUAGCACCCCUGUCAUCACUUGGAUACUAUGCUGCAGGAUACCUUUACAUGCAUUAUGGCUAUCAACAACAAGCCAUACACGUCUUGAAUCAUGGCCUCAAAAUCGUAUCUGAUCCCACCCAUCAUCAACGACUCCAAUCAGCUCGACAAGAUGCCACUAAACGACUCUCUAUGCGUAUCGACUUUAUCAGCAAAUUGCCCUUUGACAUUGUAUCAUCCCAUAUUAUACCACGUGAAAUGACCAUUCCAUCCAAUGAUGCCUUUUCCUAUUUGCAUGUAUGCAAGACCUGGCGUGAACGAGCUUUGCAAUCAACAAUGCUACAAUGUAAUGCGCAUGAGGGUAUUAAUGAACGAUCACUCGUCAAGAUCACUGAAUACUCACAGCAUAUCGGACAUCUCAGCUUACGCGAAUUUGAAGGAUUUCCAUUUGGGUUCUUCUUGACUACAAGGUUCAAUUGCUUACGGUCAUUGGAUGUUCAAUUGAUAUUCUCGAGUCACUGUGCAGCACUAUCCGAGCUAUUUCUACACGUGGGUCAUACAUUGGAGGAUGUCAUCUUGAUUCUGGACAACACCUUAAUACUAGAUUGGAUUCCAUUAUCGGUGCUAUUGACAUAUUGUCCAAACUUGGUCUCGUUGCAAUCAAAUUGGAUUACUACACGUGGUAGCGCGCUACCUGAUAAAAGUUACCCAAAGGUCAAAAAGUUGAUUAUCGAAGAUACGCCUCCAACACGGACAUGA